CAGCAGUGAUCAGGGAGAAGAGGUGAGAACGCACAGCGUUUGGUCUGCACCCACUGUUGCCACUCUGGGUCACAGGCUCUGGGUAGAGUUACAUACACUCAGACAAGGGGCUCCCAAAACUACAUGGAAAAUUCAUAUCUUUCAAUUCCAUUUGUCCGCCUAGUUUUUGAAGCCCCCUCCUACAUAACAACUGAAGCUGAUGCCACCACAGCUCCUCUUCCUGCUCUGUAUUGGCAAAGGGCAGACCCCCGACGCUGAACUGCGUGCGACCUCAGGAAUGGAAGAUGUCCAGGGAGGGCGGGGUUCAGGGGCUGGGGCUCAGACUGCCCUGUAUUUGGCUGCUGGCCUUCCUCAGAAGUUCCAGAUCUUGCCCAGGGGCCCCCUGCCAGGGGAAGCUCACCCCAAUUCAUUUUAACAACAAAAGGAAAAAACAUCUCAGGGGAAUCAAGUUACAGGAAAGUGAGAUGGAAAAAACCAACAUUCUCUGCCCAUCUAUGAGCCCCAGCUUCCCCCAGGGGGAGUGGGUGGUAGGUCCCGAGGAAAGAUGAGGAACCCGGGGAGGCUGGUCCAGUAGAGGGCCAAGGGCACCGGACCUGGUGCCGCCCUGCCUUUAGGCACAGUGACUCUGGGGACACUCACUAGUUUCCCUCCUCCCCUUUGCCUGAAGGAGGCCAGGAGUUGGGUGGGUAGAUCCUAGGCCAGUCCCAAGGAGCUCAGGUCAUAGUAAAGGCAUGUGCUCAGUGCCUCCCAUUCAAACUUCCCAACAAUCUUACGAAGUAGCCGCCGCCAUCCCCAGUUCACAGGAAAGAAAACAGGUGCAGGGCUAAGGUGGAACUCCAAGGUCUAAAUGCCAGCAAGUGGCAGAGUUGGACAUCAGGCCAGCCUGACACCAGGCGAGGACCAUAGCCACUGCCAGCCUCUGCUGCCUUGCCUGGCCUGCUGGCUAGGGAAGGGCUCCAGAGGAGGAGGUGGGGGAGGGUUUGCCCUGUCACAAUCUCUUAGCAAGCCAGGGGCUCUGCUGAAUUCUAGAGAAUUCCAAGAAUCACCCAGGCCUCGGACACACUUGGUUACCCAGCACAGUGUGUCACCGUGUGGGCAACACCUAGCAAAAGUAAGAGUUCAAGAAAGUGUGGUGAGAUUGAGGCUCCAACUGAAGCCUCAACUCUGAUGAGGUGGGGUCUGGAGGGGCCAAGGCCUGGGUGGGAGCCCCAUGGGUCUGUCCCAUUAGUGGCUGAAACAGCCACUUCCCGCACAGCUGUUCCUUGUGGGGCCUGAGAGCAGGGGAUCCAGUGAGGCUGGGCUUGUCCAAGUCUGGAGUGAGCCAGAGUCAAGUCCAGGAGGACAGGGCAGCCUUCCCCAGAGAGGCAGAACCAACUUCCCCCACAGGGUCCAGGAGCAGGUGGGGACAGUGCCAGAGGAAUCUGGCCAGAAGUAGGUGGGGGAGACUCCUGCCCCCUCAUGCCAACACCCUGGCCUUGCUGCCUCCUCCUCCCUGGAGACACCCAAGUGUGGCCCUGGAGCCUGAGAGCUGUGGAGAGGAGAGGGUGGCGUCUUUGCUCCUGGGGCGCUGGGCUGGGCCAGAGGGGACAGGAAGCAAGGACACCGGGGAUUGUCUCUCGCAACCGCAGCCCAGCCCCAGCCCGGGAGGAAGUUGUGCCGGGCGCUCUCCGCCGGUGCCUCCCUCGCUAUAUUGUUCAACAGGAAACACGGCAGUGCGGGAGCCUGGCGGUCGAGGAGAGAGCGCCGAACUGCGGGCCCACGCGCGCCUGCCGGGGCAAGUGGAAGCGAGGCCAACGAGCGGACGCCCCGAGGCGCGGUUGGAAUGCCGUCGGAGAGCCCAAGAUGAUUUUAUGCAAGUCCCCAUUUCAGCUACAGGAAAACUGAGGCCUGAACGCGCACGGCGAGUGCGGGAUCGAGACUGGCGCCCGAGUCCUGGUCCCGCAGUGCGGCGCCCUUCCCGCUCCUGGCCCCUGCGCUCCGCAUCCUUGCUACCUGCAGGGAAACGCCGCGGCCCCGAUGGCGGCAGACGUCGAGGGGGACGUGUACGUGCUGGUGGAGCACCCCUUCGAGUACACCGGCAAAGACGGGCGCCGCGUCGCCAUCCAGCCCCUCGAGCGCUACAGGCUGCUGCGCCGCAGCACCGAGCACUGGUGGCACGUGCGGCGCGAGCCCGGCGGCCGCCCCUUCUACCUGCCCGCGCAGUACGUGCGCGAGCUGCCGGCGCUCGGCGACCCUGCCUCGGCCGCGCCUCCACCCACGCUGCUGCACCCAGGCCCCUCAGCGCCGGAGCCGCUGACCUACGACUACCGGUUCGUGAGCGCGCCCUCGCCCGACGGCUGCCCCGCCAAGCCCCGAGGGCGCGCCAGCUCUCUGUGCGGCCCGGCGCGGCGCGGCGCGGCGGCGAAGCGCAGCCACCCGGCGCCCGGCCUGCCCGCCAGCCUGUACCUGCGACCCGCGGCGCCCGUGCGCCCAGCGCAGUCCCUGGACGACCUGGCGCGCACCGCCGCGCCCCCUGCCGGCCUCCUCGGGAGCGCGGGCCGCUCCAAGGCCUGCAGUGUGGCGGGCUCCUGGGUGUGCCCGCGGCCGCUGGCGCGCAGCGACUCGGAGAACAUCUACGAGGCCAUCCCGGACUUGCGCGGCGCACCGCGGGCGGAGAGCCCGACGCAGGCGGACGCCCCUGCGGAGCCCGUGUACGCGAAUGUGGAGAGGCAGCCCCGGGCCCCCUCCCCCGGCCCCGCGGCGGCCGCCGGCCCCGGCCAGGUGUGGGAGACUCACAGGGACGCGGACACCGGGCGCCCCUACUACUACAACCCGGACACGGGCGUGACCACCUGGGAGUCGCCCUUCGAGGCUGCCGAGGGCGCCGCCAGCCCCGCCACCUCCCGGGCCUCGGUGGACAGCCGCGAGAGCCUCGAGACCGAGUGGGACCAGUACUGGGAUGAGGAGAGCCGCCGCGUGUUCUUCUACAACCCACUGACGGGCGAGACAGCCUGGGAGGACGAGAACGAACCGGAGGACGAGGCGGAGAUGCAGCCCUGCCUGAGCCCCGGCAGCCCCAGGAGCCAGCGGCCCCCCACCCCGGAGGCGGACUACCCGGAGGAGGACUACUCACCCCUGGGCUCCUUUGAUGAGCCCAGCCCCACCUCUCCCUUGACCACACCCCCUGGCUGGUCUUGUCACAUCAGCCAGGACAAACAGACGCUGUACACCAACCACUUCACCCAAGAGCAGUGGGUGAGGCUGGAGGACCAACACGGGAAGCCCUACUUCUACAACCCCGACGACUGCUCGGUUCGAUGGGAGCUGCCCCAGGUCCAGGUCCCCGUCCCCGCCCCUCAGAGCACCUGCAACUCCAGCCAGGGCAGCGACCUCCCAGCCCAGUCCAGCCCCCCAGAGGAGAAGAUCAAGACCCUGGACAAGGCAGGCGUGCUCCAUCGCACCAAGACGGUGGACAAGGGAAAGCGGCUCCGGAAGAAGCACUGGAGCGCCUCCUGGACCGUGCUGGAGGGCGGGGUCCUGACCUUCUUCAAGGACUCUAAGACCUCGGUGACAGGAGGCCUGAGGCAGCCGGCCAAGCUCUCCACCCCUGAGUACACGGUGGAGCUGAAGGGAGCCUCUCUCUCCUGGGCCCCCAAAGACAAAUCCAGCAAGAAAAAUGUGCUGGAGCUGCGGAGCCGCGAUGGCUCGGAGUACCUGAUCCAGCACGACUCGGAGGCCAUCAUCAGCACGUGGCACAAGGCCAUCGCCCAGGGCAUCCAGGAGCUGUACGCAGACCUGGCCCCCGAGGACAGCCAGAGCGGCGGCGCCGACUUCGGCUCGAGCGAGCGCCUGGGAAGCUGGCCGGACAGAGAGGACGACGUGCGGCCCAGUGCGUCCGCCGCGCCUGUCCUGAGUCCCGGCGGCCUGGAGAGCGACCUGGGCAAGGUGCGGCACAAGCUGCGCAAGUUCCUGCAGAGGCGGCCCACGCUGCAGUCGCUCCGGGAGAAGGGCUACAUCCGAGACCAGGUGUUCGGCUGCCCGCUGGCCGCGCUGUGCGAGCGCGAGCGGAGCCCGGUGCCGCGCUUCGUGCAGCAGUGCAUCCGCACCGUCGAGGCGCGGGGGCUGGACAUCGACGGGCUGUACCGCAUCAGUGGAAACCUGGCCACCAUUCAGAAGCUGCGCUACAAAGUGGACCACGAUGAGCGACUCGACCUGGACGACGGGCGCUGGGAGGACGUCCACGUGAUCACUGGUGCCCUGAAGCUCUUCUUCCGGGAGCUGCCCGAGCCCCUCUUCCCCUUCUCGCACUUCCGCCAGUUCAUCGCAGCCAUCAAGCUGCAGGACCAGGCCCAGCGCAGCAAGUGUGUGCGCGACCUGGUGCGCUCCCUGCCCGCCCCCAACCAUGACACUCUGCGGCUGCUCUUCCGGCACCUGUGCAGGGUGAUCGAGCACCGCGAGCAGAACCGCAUGUCGGUACAGAGCGUGGCCAUCGUGUUCGGGCCCACGCUGCUGCGGCCCGAGACCGAGGAGACCAGCAUGCCCAUGACCAUGGUGUUCCAGAACCAGGUGGUGGAGCUCAUCCUGCAGCAGUGCGCAGACAUCUUCCCGCCGCACUGACCGCGGCCCGGCCCGGGGGCGGCCACUGUGGUCUGGCCACGCCACCGGACUCUCCCGGAGACCUCGGUCCUCGGGGCCCUGUGGCGUCCACGCGCCUCUCUGUUCGGGGUGGGGAUGGCGCCCUCUGGUGGGCAGCUCUCCAAAACGUGAUGAUUUUUCCCCGGGCCUGCCUCGUUCGGGGACCAGCCGGGUUGUUCUGUACUACAGCGCCACCUGCUGUGCACGGGCGGCACGGGCGGGGAGUAGAACUGGGAGAGGGGCUUCCUGGCUUCGGGCCUCGUGCUGGUCAUGAGGCAGCUACCCACACGCUUCCCUGCUGCCCAGGCGGGAGGGCCCUGGCCCCGGCACGUGCAGCCGGCCGGGUCUCGCUCAGGCCUUGGGGCCCCGGGCUGGCUGCGGGCCGUGGGACUCUGGCCUCCCUGGGGCUCAGGGUUCUUCCUGUUCACCUGUCACCUGGCGCGCACACAGCGUCACUGUACAGGUGAGGAAACAGGCGUGCAAGGGCACGAUGAGGGGCUUAGAGGCCAGGCGGUGCUCAAACACCCCAGCACAGGCUCCCCUCCCAGCACACGCUGCGGGGUGGGCAUCAACCCUUUUACCUACCCCCACCCCACCCCACCCCAGCAGUUCUCUGCAGUGAGAGUGGAGAACCGGAACUGGCAGCAGCCCUCAGCCCCUCUGCUGCCCACCUGCUGCCCACCUUGCCCUGAAGGGCUGGGAGGGGCUUGGGGGUGGGCGGAGGUGUGGGGGUGGGGAGAACAGUCUCAGGAUGGAAAAUGUGAACUGGGCUCAGCGGCCCUUCCCCCCAAGCACAAGCCACCAGGCUGCACUGCUUGGUCCCCGCCCCGCCCCACGCCCUCCCCGCGCACACAAGAAUAGCUCAUAUUUAUCGGCCAUCUGUACCAUGCCGGCGUCCUACUCGGAUGAUUCCAUUCGUCUCUAUUUAUUGUUUGUCCUCUGUGCCCCGGGCAGGACUACCUCACCUGCGGCCGCCCCAGGGGAGCUCGGGGUCGGCACAUGAGGCUGACCAGCUCCCCCCAGCGCCAGCAGGCUCGGGGCAAAAGUACAAGUAGAGGCCUCCUACCAUAUGUCUAAAUAUUUAAAAGGUAUAAACCAAGACAGCAGCUGUUAAAUAAAAUGUUUUAUUCUCCUA